CGACGAAGCUUGGAGAGCUCCGGGCUUUAGGAGGCGCCUUGGGCGGAAGAGAAGCGGCAUCAAAAGCCUCCAGCCAUAGCGACAAGCCGAAGUGAUACCCAAUUCCUAUCAGCGAUUUAAACUGGAGCUUGGCUGCCAUACAGAAGCAGCCUCAAAAGCGCGUUUCCACCUAGCGGGCCAAAAAAAGCAUAACCACAGCUACCUCAGACCCAGCAACAUGUUCGAGGCGGAACCAGCACCGGGCGACUGCCCAACGUCGAUCAAGUUUGCGCCCAACUCACGGCGCCUUCUGGUCUCGUGUAUGGACGGAAAUGUCUAUCUUUACGAGAUCCAGGGCGAGGGCGAUGAUGCGCGUGCCUCUCUGCUGAGGCAGUACCCGCAGGAGAGCCCGGUCUUGGACGUCACCUUUGGCCGUGACGAUAGUGAGGGCUUCUGUUCCGGGGCAGACUGUACCAUCAAGAGAAUCGAUCUUGAGAGUGGGGACGUCACAGUCGUUGGCAGGCAUGAGAAGCCAGCUCGGUGUAUCGCAUAUAUGCCGGAGUACUCAAUACUCGCGUCAGGAGCAUGGGACUGCACGCUUCGCCUAUUCAACGCGAACGACCUGUCCAGGGAGCCGAUUGUGGUGCAGCUGCCCGUCAAGGUGCAUGCCAUGGCCGCUAGCAAGACUAAGCUCGUGGUUGGGAUGCACAACCGCAUGGUUCAAAUAUUCGACCUGCCCGCCGUCGCGGCGCUGCUCAAGUCUGGCGCCAGCGGGCCCGAAAGCGGGCUCCAGCCGUGGCAGCAGCGCGAGUCGUCGCUCAAGUUCAUGACCCGCGCCAUCGCCUGCAUGCCCAACGACGCCGGGUACGCCACCAGCAGCACCGAGGGCCGCGUAGCUGUCGAGUUCUUCGAGGAUUCGCCCGAGGCCCAGGCCCGCAAGUACGCCUUCAAGUGCCACCGCGCCCCGGACCCCAAGGACCCCGACACGGAGCUCAUCUACCCGGUCGACUCGCUCGCCUUCCACCCCGAGUACCUCACCUUCGUCUCGGGUGGCGGCGACGGCCAGGUCGCCGUGUGGGACUCGGAGGCCAAGCGCCGCAUGAAGAUCUUCCCCAUGCCGGAGCAGCUGGCCGCCCGUGCCAUGGCCUUCUCCUCCGACGGCAGGUUUCUUGCCAUCGGCACCUGCCCCGGCUUCGAGGACGGUAUGGAGAACUACACGGGGAAGGGCCAGUCUCACAUUGUGAUACGAGAGCUGUCCGAGAAGGAUGUCAAGCCAAAGCCAAAGAAGUCCAAAUGAGCAUUCGUAACAGAGAAUUCAGGGGGUUUCUCAAUGACCUCGGACGGAAAUCGUGGAUAAUCUGGCCUCGUCCAUCUGCCUUGCUGCUACUUGCCUCGUGUUUGAUUUGACUGGCUGCCUACAUGAUGGCGUUUCGGGUCGUGGCGAAAAGGGAAUCGCAGAACGGCUUUACGUUUUGGCUUGUACAGCAGACGGCGCAAUAAAUACGUAAUAAUUCGGGCUGUGAUGAACUUGUACAGUCAAAAAGGUCACCCGCUACCAAACAGUUCGUCCUUG